AGUCUCCAUUAGUGAGCCCUCGUUUGUGGCCAUGUCUCUGCCGCCCUUCUUCGCCCCUGCUCGCCCCGGCCCAUCGCCCCAGCAGCAGCCGCCCCCAGCUCCCUUCGGAUGCCCGCCCCCGCCGCUGCCCUCCUCCACCUUCGAGCUGCCUCUGCCCCAGCGGCCCGGCCCCUUCCCGGUGGCCCCGGGCCCGUUCCUCCAACCCCCGGCGGCCCUGCAGCCCCGGGUACCCGCCGAGGCCUCCCGCGGCGGAGGCAACGGCGGCGGCUUCUUCCCGGUGCCCCCGCCGCCACUGCCGCCGCCUCAGUGCCGGCCCUUCCCGGGCACCGACGCCGCCGAGCGCUCGCGGCCGCCGCCCCCGGCCCCGGGGCCGCCCUGGAGCCCGCGCUGGCCUGACGCGCCGCCGCCGCCGCCGCCGCCCGACGCGCUGGGGGACGCGGCCCUGCAGCGCCUGCGCGACCGGCAGUGGCUGGAGGCCGUGUUCGGAGCCCGGCGGCGGGCGGGCGGCCCCGGGCCUCCCCGCGGCCCCGCGGGACCCAGCCUGGGCGAGGUGCGCGCCGAGCUGCGCGGGGCCCUGCGGCUGGUGCGGCGGCUGCGCGGGCUGGGCCGGGCCCUGCGGGACGCGGAGGCCGACGGCGCCGCCUGGACGCGGCUGCACGCCGAGGCCGCCCCGCUGCGCGCCGAGCUGGCCGGGCGCCUGCAGCUGCUGAGCCAGGCGGCCUACCUGGGCGAGGCGCGGCGCCGGCUGCAGCGGGUGCGGCGCCGGCGGCUGCGGCUGCGCGAGCGGGCCCGGGAGCGGGAGGCCGAGCGGGAGGCCUGGGCGGCGCGGGCGGCGGAGCGCGAGCGGGAGAUCGACCGCUGGAGGGUCAAGUGCGUGCAGGAGGUGGAGGAGAAGAAGCGGGAGCAGGAGCUGAAAGCCGCUGCAGACGGCGUCCUGUCUGAAGUGAGGAAGAAGAAGGCAGACACGAAGAGGAUGGUGGACAUUCUCCGCGCCUUGGAGAAGCUGAGGAAGCUCAGGAAAGAGGCCGCUGCCAGGAAAGGGGUCUGUCCUCCAGCCUCCGCAGACCAGACUUUCGAGCAGCACCUUCAGCGACUGAGAAAACUUAUUAAAAAACGCUCUGAGCUGUACGAAGCGGAGGAGAGAGCCCUCAGGGUGAUGCUGGAAGGAGAACAGGAGGAAGAGAGGAAAAGAGAACUGGAAAAGCAGCAGAGGAAAGAAAAAGAGAAGUUGUUACUUCAGAAGCGCGACGUCGAGUCCAAGUUAUUCGGGGACCCGGAUGAGUUCCCGCUUGCUCACCUCCUGCAGCCCUUCCAGCAGUACUACCUCCAGGCCGAGCACUCCCUGCCCGCGCUCAUCCAGAUAAGGCAUGACUGGGAUCAGUACCUGGUGCCCGCUGACCACCCCAAAGGCAGCUCCGUUCCCCAAGGCUGGGUCCUCCCGCCGCUCCCCAGCAACGACGUCUGGGCAACUGCAGUUAAGCUGCCCUAGCUCAGGCGCCCAGGAGAGCACCCUACAAGGCUGUCACCAGCCUCGUCUUCACGUGCGGGGACUAAGCCUCAGGCUCUAACCGCCACGUGGCGUUGCCUGGCCCAGAAGCUCCACUUUCCUUCCGUGCUGUGUCCUGGCCAGAGGGACCUGGGGAUCUGGAUGAGUGUGUCUUCGGGAGAGGACCAGCUGAACUGGGGUCACUGGCCGCGGCGCCCUGGAUUCGCCUCUGCUAUGAGGGCCUCGGUCCAGAGUGGCUUGCGGGCCGGGUGGCUUCCCUCCCUUGCUCGGUGCUGGGUAAGUGCAGUGAAUGUGCCGGGCUGUGCGGUGGGCAGGCUCGGUACCCUUCUCCAGCAGGCCUGAUGCACAGGCUCCCUCUUCCUACCCAGAGAGCCGGCGGCCGGCGUCCGGGAGAGAGAGAGGAGCAGCACGCUCCAGGUCUAUGAACCCUCCUGUGGUCCCCUGGAAACGGGGCGGGGCCUGUGGCGUUGGGAGCCCCUGCCCCCCACCCCCAUCCUGAGAGAGCACCUGCGGCCUCCCCGUGCCGUGCCGUGCCGUGCCGGGCUAGCCGGGGAACUUCCUCGGGAACCCGGCGUCCAGAAACGUGCCGGCAGCUAAGAGCCGGGAGAAGAGCAGAGAACGCCAGAGUUUGUUCUGUGUGUUCACUAGUGAAAUGCUGUCGUCCCUGGAGAUGACCGGGCGUAUGACGUGUCAAGUUUUGUUCGCUUUUUGUCAUUGUAUUGCCUUAUUUAUAUUUCCAGAGUUAAAUAAACUUUUUAUUUUUUAAUAUGAGC